CGGUGCAGUUUGUCAUGAUCUUUGAGCGGGAACAUUAUAAACGCACAUUGUGCACUUACUUUGAGUUUUAUAUCUCAUUUCAUUCAAUAAUGAUUGAUUAUAUCCCCUACUUAUUUUUAACAGUAUAUUAUAAUUAUACGACAGCAGUCCGCGUUUUCACUACGUCCUGGUACGUAUCUACACCGAGUCCGGUUUUCAGCACUUUCGUUCACUUCCUCCUGAUAAACAAGACUGGCGAAGUUGCAGCUGUUGUUGUUUCUGUAGAUGUUUGUUUGUAUUUAAAAAUAUGUAUCAACACAUCUGAGUGCGCAUUAUUUCAGAAAGUCCAAAAUGUAAUGGUCUUAACGCUCACAUGGGAAACCUUGUUCAAGAGGACACCGAGAGUAUCAUGCUCACGUGGAGAUGGCUGUCAGGAAAUAUGAAGUACAUAUAGUGCUUAAAUAUAUAGACGUUUUUAAUACCACAGAAGUACGUGGUUAAGACGGAAGAGUUUCAUUUGAAAUACUCAGUUUCAUUCUCAGGGAAAUAAAUGUUCGAGAGACUGAUUUUUAUGCUUACGGGCAGUUACUUUUGCUAGUUUUUUUUUUAUACAUGAGAGGAAAUACAUCUGUGAUAGCAAUUUUAUAUUUCCUGACAUUGUGGACAUAUGGACUUAUAUAAUAUACAUGUAUAGUGAAAGCCAUCUGCUUAAAGGUGUUGAUUUUAAUACUCAAGGAAAUAGUAAAAACUCAAAGGCUUAUGAAAUGGAAGAUUUGAGUAACAGGUUUCGUAUAGAACCCGAUUUUUCCGAUGACUCGAAUUCGAUGGAGCAACAUGAUUUGUACAUUCCGCCAAAUAAAGUUGGAUGCUUUAAUAAUCAGUUCAUGGCAGGAGGUACCUCAAAUCGCCAGGUGCACGACUCGAGAGUUAUGCCAUGCUUAGAUAUAGACUCUAGUCGUGAACAUUUCAUGAAGGAUGAUCCAAACUCGUAUGGUUCUGCAGCCAAAUACUCCGAUAUUGUAGAUGGCGAAUAUGCUUGUGGAAUAUGUAACCGACGUUUUACAGAUCUACCUCGACUCACGAAGCACACGCAGACGCAUCAGCAGGAGACGGAGACGGAGACGGAGUCACUGGCGUGUGACACCUGUGGCAAGAUGUUCACCGAUCUGGAACAGAAGCAGACGCACAUGGAAGUCCACAACGGGAGGAAACCCCACCAGUGCGACAUAUGCAACAAGAGUUUUACCCGUCCGGCGAGUCUACGGGUCCACAAGAAGAUCCACCUCGGGGUCCGCGACUACGAGUGCGACGUAUGCGGGAAGGGAUUCACACAGAACUGGAGCAUGAUGCAGCACCGAAAGCUUCAUUCGGGAGUCAAGCCGUACGCGUGCGACGUCUGCGGGAAGACGUUCAGUCGCCAGUCGAACAUGCGCGUGCACAGGGCCGCCCACGUGGACGCGGAGCACGACCAGCGGUACAAGUGUGCAGAAUGCGGCGAGGGAUUCCUUCAGCUGGCUGGUCUGCGGGGACACGAGAAGAUCCACGCCAACAUCAAGGCGUACCCGUGCGACCUCUGUCCCAAACGCUUUGCCGUUUACUCCUAUUUACACAGACACCGCAAGCUGCACGAUGUACAGGCCUCGGCCGAAUCCCCCUUCACCUGUCCUUGUUGCGGGAAGGGUUUCGCCUGCUUCGAUUACAUGCGCAGACACAGAAAAAACAGCAAGUGUGCUGAAAAGUUGCAAGACCCGUCGUCGUCGUCUUCAACUUCCGCCACUUUCGUCUGCGACACUUGCGGAAAGAACUUCACGAUCUACGCGUAUUUCAUCAGGCACAUGAAGAUUCACGAAAAUGUGGACAAUUCCAAAGGCGGUUCGCAUUACACCUGCGACGUCUGCUAUAAGCCGUUUUCGUGUUACGACCACUUACGGAGACACGCGAAGAUACAUGAAGAGGAAAACGAACCCGAAGACGUCUUACCGUACGUCUGCGACACGUGCGGAGAUUCGUUCGCCGUGUAUGACUCUCUGCUCUCCCACAGGAAACUCCACGAAACCACAGACAUCGCACAAGAGGGCACCCCAUACACGUGCGACACGUGUGGAAACAACUUCGCUUGCUACGAUUAUCUCCGCAAACACAGGAGGAUUCACGAAUACGUGGACAACCCGGAUGAAGUACCCACAGCAUCUGGCGAAGCAGAGGGUAAAGGCCACGGGCCACCUUACACCUGUGAGACUUGUGGCAAGAAAUACAUGCUUCGAGGCUUUCUCCUGAACCACCAGAAAGUCCACGAGCUCGUAGACAACGCAGCAGAAUCGAGAGACGGCGAUAAACUGGAGGAACGUUCGUACAUGUGUGUAGUAUGCAACGGUUCCUUCGCGACCAAACAGAUUCUGCAGCGACAUGUCAACAGUCAUUUAGGAGGCAAGCCGUUCGUCUGCACACUCUGUGGAAAGUCGUUCACCCAGCAGCGCAGUCUUCGAAGACACAAAAUCACCUAUCAUUGAAGAGACUGUCCUGGGUGUUUUGCAGAAAAUUACAACAAAAUUAACUACAAAAAUUGCAUAUAUCAAAUACAGAUUCUUGUUUAGACUAUAAAUGUCUAUAAAAAAUUUAUUCAAUUUAUUUCUGAUGGUCCUACUGUUACUAUGUAGCCCAUACUGGAUUUGGACCCUAACCCUACUUUCAUAUCUACGAAAAGGAAAAUAUAUUGGAAAACAAAACUUAAGUUUGACCCUAGUUCAAACACUAGGACGACCAGAAACGCAUUUAAUAUACAACCACUAAUGUAUGCAUAUAUUUGUUUACAAUAUAUACAGAAAUUAUAGUUUUUAACAGUGUGAAAUUUGUUUCUGAAUGUAUGUGGAUGGAAAUAAAUAUGGUAGCACACCCACGCCAAUGGCGUAGGCAGCAUGAGGCAGUCGGGGCGCUUGCCUCGUCUGGGAUUUCCCCAGAUUUAUUUUAUUUUUCCCAUGACACUGAUAUUUAUUUUACAGGUCUAGGUUUGCCUCGGCGUUUUUUCCUCUCUGGCUACGCCCCAGCACACUAAGGGAAAGGGUGACUCCAACCAAAGUUCUCAUCCAUUGUGUGAUGAAAUCAACGUGUCACUGGCGGUCAAUCUCAUAUUAUUCUAGAAUUAGCUUUUUGGUGAAUUUAUUAUAAUUAUACUGAUGCAGAAAAAUAUGGAAACAGUUCCAUUUCGUAUCGUGUUUAUGUCCCGAGUGAAAUUAUUUUGAAUUGUUACGAGCUUUAGCGAAUGACAAUGAACAUUAUUUUACGAGGGAAAUAAACAUGAUACGAAUUG